AUGACAACUAUAGGAGAGAAAAUCGCAAAGGAUGGCGACCAAUAAGUGCUGCUGCCUGCUUCUGUUGACCCUGGCUGCAGCCGUUUACGGCCACCCUGGAACUUUGUUGGGAGGAAAUCGCUUCUUCCCAUCUGGUGGACGCAUCGUGGGUGGCACUGAAGUUGUUCAGGGUGAAGUACCCUGGCAAGUGUCACUGCAGUUUGACUUUGGCUUCCACUUCUGUGGUGGCUCCAUCAUCAGCAAACGGUGGAUCGUCACGGCCGCACACUGCUCAGAUCAAGUGGCUAGCCAGGUGAGGGUGAUAGCGGGAACAUUGCGCUCCGCUUUACCCGGCUCAACGCACGCGGUCAGCCGCAUCAUAGUGCACCCUGAGUACUCAACAACUAUGUUCGGCAACGACAUCGCCCUUUGGCAGAUUGCCGACGAGUUUGAAUGGGAUGAACAAACCGCACCUGUCGACCUCCCUAUUGAGGACACGCAGUCGGCCGCUGGAACCUUGAUGACAGUCUCAGGGUGGGGCACCACCAGCGCGGGUGGUUCAACAUCCGACUCUCUGCUGAAGGUCGAGGUGCCGAUCGUGGACAGGGACACGUGCAGCGCUAAUUACGUCAAUUUUGGUGGCGUUCCCGACAAGCAAAUAUGCGCUGGCCUGGCCGAAGGAGGCAAGGACUCGUGCCAGGGUGACUCAGGGGGUCCUCUGGUCUUUGGUAGGCAGCUGCGCGGUGUCGUUUCCUGGGGCAACGGUUGUGCUUACCCUGGUUACCCUGGCGUCUAUACUGAGGUCGCCGCCUACCGCCGCUGGAUCGACAUCACGACUGCUGUGUGACGAGUUUUUAAGAUUUGAUGGAAAUUGAAAAAUUGGUUAA